AGAAGCCUGGACUCUGGGGGUUGACUCAACUGUUCAAGCCUGCAGUGUGUCUCCAAUACUGAGCUCUGCAGAAUAACUUUUUACAUAUAUUAUACCCAGUGCCUAGAGUGUAGAUUCUUAUGGGUUAAAUGUGAACGAAGUCCCACUGCAAAAUGUGAGAGAUCUUUUGCCACUGCAAAUGAAAAGGACUCAAGAACAGAGCAUGAAGUGCCAGAGAGUGGAUUUUAUGGUAUUGUGUGGCUUUAGGUGCUGAAUCUGUUUAACAUGACUCACAGACCUGCUGCCCCAAAGACGAGAGCUGAUAGCCGUUUGAGCAUAAAGGACUCGGAAUCCCUCGACACCUACAUCCAGAACACUCUCUCCGCUCUGUACCCUCCGUUCGAAGCCACUGCAGCCACCGUCCUAUGGCAGCUCUUCCAUGUGGUCGAAAAAUCUUACCGUGGUGAUGGGCUCCGCUGUCUGAUUGAUUUCCUGGUCCCGGCCAAGAGGAUCUUGCAGUGCAUUCAGCAGGACACGUGUGCCAAGUAUGCAGGCCUUAUUUUCCGUCAUGAAGGCUGGCCGUUGUGCGUGCAUGAGAAGGUGGUGGUGCAGUUAGCCUCGCUCCACAGAGUCCCGCUCAAGUUUGGAGACUUCUACAUCCAGAUCGUGCCGCAGGGGAGCCAGGCUGCAAAACUGGUGCUAAAAUGUCUCUCCAGAAAUGGGCAGGCUAUAGAGGAGGUUGUGGUGCCCGAGUGCCUGUAUGGGAAUGUCUUCACGAUGGAAUUCCUGGAGAACAUAAACCUUGAGAGGAAUUGCUGUCUGCACAGCUGUCUGCUGACAAGUGGCACAGCUGUUUUGAGAGUGAAUUGGAAGAACAUAAUCAACCCUACUUUUGUUAGCAGGCCCAAAAACACGCCCGAUAAUUUUCACUCUGGGCCUGUUGGCCAUGAUCAGUUGAUACACAUCAGCACCAGCACAGAGAAGAUGUCUGAAAAGCUGGAAAGCAGCGACCCCCAAGAACAUUGUACUUCAGACGAUAAUAUUAUGCCGACUGCAGAAUCAGAGACGUCGGAAGAUAAAGUGGAUCUCAGGAAGGUUCUGCCAAAGGUUGUUCAGUCUCUGGAAAAUGAUGCUGGAAGAGAGUCUUCCGAAGACAGCAGUGAGGUCACCAAAGGAGAUCAUGCAGUGUCUCCAAAUAAUUCUAACAGCACUGAAGGGACUCUUGUGGCAUCUCAAGUUCAAUCCAGUGAUUUGCCUGCAGAGAGCCCCACAAUGAAAAAAGAUACCCUGGCAGUGCCUGUCCCCGAGGGCAGGAAUGUCACAAAAAUGGUAACUUUUGCGACUGACUUAAGUAGCCCUUGCCCACGAAGGACACCUCAAAGGGAUUCUGUAAAUUUUGAGACAAGACGCCUCUUUCGGAAAUCAUACAUGGAGGCGUUGCAGAACCCAAUGCAACUAGGCUUCAGCUCCAAGGAGUCAAUCACUGAGGAAAGUGCGGAGCAGAAAACUGAGGUGUCAGCACUCACUAAUGAAAGCUUGAGGACAUGCAAUACCAGAACAGGUGACAAGCAAGGCAGGAAGUGUGAAUCUGCAAGUGGAAAAUCACAGACUAAAGAAGGGAGUGAGAACGCUAGCAGCAAGCAACACUGCCAAGCUCCGAUCAGAUCUGUCACAUUGCCCGAAUGUUUCUCUGCAACCGAUAACAGAGCAGGACGCAGGAGGUCCAAGUCCUUAGAUAUGGUGUACAAGAAUCCACAGGGCAAAGUUCAACGGACAAGAAUCUCUUCUGGUGAUUCAUCAAAUAGGAAUCCUAAAAAAUUGUUAAAUGGAUACCCAGUGGAAGGACGGAAGCUAGAUUCUGCUAUGCAUUCUUCCAGUGCUGAAAGCAGAUGCAGUACAGCAGAUGGCAACAUGAGUUUUAUCUCGAAUCGUCCUGAAAAACGGUUUUCAGAUACUGUUGUGUUGCCAACGAACCUGGGUUCCUCUCAGAGCUGCGCGAGGGAAAUGCGGAGGAGGGGCAGCUGCCAAGCAGUGCUAAGCCUGACGCCUGCAGCCACCGAGACGUCUUCUUCAGUGCCUCGUGGUGAGGUUGUGCUGCAGGCCCAGCACAUCGCACAGUCCUGCACCGACCUGCCCACCACGGCAGCAAAGGUCAACUCCGAUCUGCUGCAGUCGGGGUUUGCUCAGUUACCAGGAAAUCGAGACAAGGGUGGUCGAGCUGUGAUCCACGUGUGUACACGCAACAUCAGCUGGGUGAACUCAAACUGCAACAGUGCAGAGGUGACCCAUCUACUCAUGUACUACUGCACCAUCCCCAGGAAGGAAGUGCGUGAGCUGGGACUGACUGUACUGCUGGAUGCCCGAAGGUGUCAGCCUGCACUCGUCUUGUGUAAAGCUUUUACUGCACUUCAGGUUGCCAUUCCAAAUGCCAUAAACUCUGUCCUGGUUUUGGUGGAAAAGGAAUCCGCAUUCAGACCUGAGAGGGAUACAGCUGUCCAGUAUGAAAUCCUGACAUCGUUGAAAGCUUUACACAAGCACGUUGACAGCAGUCAGCUGACACAGGAGUUUGAUGGAACAUUCCGGCACAAUCACGACGACUGGAUCCGCUUCCGUAUGAAGUUGGAGCCAUUCAUGAUGGGCUGUCGAGAAGCCCUCAUCUACCUGCAAACUUCCAUCAACAGCCUGAAUGCCAGCAAAAUACCCGGCACUGAACAGGAAGUCGUUGAUCUCAUUACCAAGCACAAGACAAUGAUGAAGUGCGUACUGGAAGACACACGGCUGGUUGGAUUGCGGCUGGAAGGCGGAACAGUUCUCGCCAGGAUUAGGAAAGAGGAGUUCUGUGAUACUGAGGACUAUAGGGAUGCAAUCGACAGCAUCACAUUGCUGUACAAUCGAGUGGAUGAAGAGGUACACAAACUGGUGAUACUAUCCAACAAGUCCCUACAGCAGCUGGAGAUCCUGUUGGAGCUGAGGCAGUUUGAGGAGGGCUGCAGUAAGAUAAGGCAGUGGGCUGAGUGUGAAGGAGAGAAACACCUCAUACAGCUGGACUGUUUGCCGCAUUCCCUGGAAUCAUUACGACAGGCACAGGAAGAGUUCAGUGUCUUCUAUGACCUGGCCACACAACACUAUAGAAAAGGGACGCAGCUGAUCAAAGAUGCUGGCCAUCUGAACAACUGCUCGCCCGAAGAACAGGUAAAUUUUGAAGAAGAAGUUGAGCAGUUCAAACUCUUUCUGAGCAACUUGAUCAACAGGACAGAAAAGCGGAGAUUGGAUUUGGACAACGUGGUAAAUCUAUAUGAAUUCUAUGAGAUGGCUGACAAAUGGGUGUUGCACUGCAAUGAUUAUCUUGGACAGUUGAAAAUGGACGAGCACAGCACACCAGAGUACAUGGAGGCAGCAGUUCAGUGUUUGAAAAGCUACCAUCAGGAAGCUGCAAAGUUCAAUGCGGAAACCCUCCAAAAGGUAAAUGAGAUGAUUCUGAAUCUUGCCAGCCCGAGGGAACUCAAGCAGUGGAACAUCCACUGGGACAAAUUCCAACAAACCAGGCACCUUUUGGAAGAAAAACUCUCUGUGGCCCUCAGAAUCCAAACGGGUAAUCACACAAGUAACUCAGUUACCAAAACACUCUCUGAGGAUGAAGGUCCCAGGACAAGCGGUGAGUUUGACACCGAGGGCUCUGAUGAACUUGGAGACUCUUUCUCGCAGAAGAUAGUUGGCAGUGUGGAGAGCAAUGUUUGGAUUAGUGAUGAGAUACAGCACCAGGAGUAUAGCCAGAGCUUUCUGGAAUCGGGAUGCACUGCGGUGUUAAAUUACGAAGAGUUGAACCAAACCACUACCGCGCUGCAUAACUUCAGCACAACAUCCCUGUCCUCUACGCCAGCUUGCAGCAGGUACCAAGGAGGUUCUCCUUUUUUGGAAGAUGCCAACGAUGACUGGUUGGUCGGUGCAUCCACUGCUUCCUGUCACUCGGAGCCUGUCCGCUCUCCGUCCCCACGGCACAAGAAGCAGCCUCUGAAAAAGAUCAUGAAGAAGACGCAGAACUUUGAGACGUCGACACGAGAGGACAGCCAUGGUGAAGCCGGCAGGCACGGAAACACUGGGGUUUAUAUCAAAGGACUGGAGGUGGUCAGUAAUGUUGUGGCUGACAAAAAGCGCACUCUGAGGCCAGAGGUAAGGAGCCCAGUGUUAACCAGGACUCACAGCCUGCCAUCAUCCUCCAGGAUUUACCUUCCACGUACAGAAGAAGUGAAGAAAACGGGAAGCAAGCUACAGCACAUAAUGGAUGAGAUGAUCGCCACCGAGAGGGAGUAUGUCAAAUCCCUCGGCUACAUUAUUGAUCAUUACUUCCCAGAGAUGGAAAGACCGGACCUGCCCCAGGAUCUACGCGGGAAGCGGAAUAUCAUCUUUGGGAAUCUGGAGAAGCUUUAUGAUUUUCACUGUCAGUAUUUUCUGAAGGAGCUAGAGCAUUGUGCAAACUGCCCACUUCGUGUCAGCCACUGCUUCCGCAGACACGAAGAGCAAUUUGGAAUGUAUGCACUGUACAGCAAGAACAAGCCGCAGUCUGACACCUUGCUCACCAGUCAUGGAAAUGCUUUCUUUAAAAAUAAGCAACUGGCUCUUGGUGAUAAGAUGGACCUGGCCUCCUACUUGCUGAAGCCUAUCCAGCGGAUGAGCAAGUAUGCGUUACUGUUGAAGGACAUGAUCAAGGAGUGCAGCAAAGCGCAGGAGCAGGAACUCGCUGAUCUCCAAGGAGCUGAGGAAAUGGUCAAGUUUCAACUUCGUCAUGGGAAUGACUUGCUGGCCAUGGAUGCCAUCCGAGGGUGCGAUGUGAAUCUCAAAGAGCAAGGACAGCUGAUGUGUCAGGAAGAAUUCAUUGUUUGGUGCGGACGCAAAAAAUACUUGAGACACAUCUUCCUGUUUGAAGAUCUCAUUCUCUUCAGCAAAACAAAAAAGAUUGAUGGAGGAUAUGAUGUCUACAUUUACAAGCAAUCAUUUAAGACCGCGGAAAUUGGAAUGACCGAGAAUGUUGGGGACAGUGGACUUCGUUUUGAGAUUUGGUUCAGGAGAAGGAAAUCUCACGACACGUACAUCUUUCAGGCCAGCUCCUCUGAAGUCAAACUAACCUGGACCAGCGUUAUAGGGAAAAUCUUGUGGCGACAAGCCCUAAGAAACCGAGAACUGAGAAUGCAAGAGAUGGUGUCCAUGGGAAUAGGCAAUAAACCAUUUAUGGACAUUAAGCCCAGCGAAGCAGCGAUCAGUGACCGUGCAAUUGAUUAUAUCAUGAAAGGUACAGAAUCCAGGACACGAGCAUCAAUAGCAGUGUCCUCGUUUGACCACUCAGUACCCUUUAAAAGGCCCCAUUCCACCAUCUCCAACAGCAGCACAUCUUCCUCCAGCAGCCAGUCAUCCUCUUCCAUACUGGGAACUCUCAAUCUUCACAUGCAUUCAAAUUCACCAUAUGUAGGACCACAUGGGACACCUUAUAACCACUGGUCCUAUGACAUUGGGACUUGCAUUGAAGAAGAUGAACUGGAGCAAGAAACUGGAAGCCAACCUUCCAUGAUUACAGAAAGUUCAGAGACUUCAUCUCAAUGUACUUCAGGGGAGAGCAUCAGUGGAUUCAGCAACUCAGCUCAGACAUGCAUGUCCCAGCUUCCCAAUGAAACAUUUUCUGAUGACGCUUCCAAUGCUGACACUAAGACAGAUUGUCAUUACACAUCCUUCAGUCUUUCCCCAAGGACCCAGACACCUAAACCACUGAAGAACCAGUAUAUUACAGCACUCUGAAUCUAAGAACAUUCAGAACUUCGUGAAGAUGAUUUUGUUUGCAUGGCAUCCACCGAUCUGAACCAGUUGAUUGACAACAUGACCAGAUUACGAAGGAAAAUAAAAUAGUUAGAAUAUUGGCACAGAAGACAUCAGAAGCUGAUGGGUGAACAAAAGGAUGCCUGGGACCCUUUAACUGGCCUGAAACAGUAAUCAUGGACACUGUAUUAUAAAUCAACAUCACAGCGUUGCUCUUAACCUUAAGGGGUAAUUAUGAAGCAACUAUAUGUAGAUAUAUACAUAUAUAUUAUAUAUAAUUUUUUUAAAAGUUCUUUUUAAUUAUUAUUGUGUUCUGUACAUAACAAGAAGUGCCUUAACUGCAUGACCUUUUUUGUGAAAUUUAUGGUGACUUUGGCUUUGAUCAAAACAAAACAUCACUGUAAAUGUGGAUUAAUUCUCUAAUUCCAUCUAAUGUACAAAUGAAAUUUCGUAGCGACUUUAUAUCCAUGUAAAUAUUUAUUGUUACUUUUUGGGGGUUUCCAAUAUAACCCUGGAUGAAACAGGUUGUUCACCUUUUCCUGGAUUUCCACAUUUGUAUACAUCAGAAACUUUUUUUGAUCUUUUUCGCAAUUGUGCUCUUGAUUCUUUUGUAAUGAAUGUUUUUUCCUCCUUCGAGGUGCAUGUAUUUUUUAUUGAGCCAGCUAUCUUUUAUAUACUUUUGGCUGCAGGUGAAUUGCAGAGCAGACAUUCCCACAAUGAGUUUGGCAGAUGUGAUUAUGCAUUGCUGGAUCAGUACAGUCAAGUGAUCUGCUUGACUCCAAGCAUUACGUGUGCUGGAAGCCUGCAUUCCUUGAACUAGCCUGGUAGAUGAGAAGCCAAACCAGGAGAGUUGUGGAAAGAUCACAAUUGUUUAUUGUUUGCUUUUGUUCUACCCAUUAACGUGUUUGCAAUGAAUGUUUCAGCACUCUGAGAUGCUAUCCCAUAUGAAGGGUGCUAUAUAAAUACAAGUUGUUGAUGUUGUUGCAUUUUCACUGAUCUCUUUAUUUCUAUGAGCUCUCUUCCAUCAUGGAACCUGAACCACUAUCCUUCAUUCAGUGUUAGACACUCUGCCAAUUCUAUAUAUCAUAUUCAGCAGAUACUAAAAGAAACAAUGGACAACUUUAACCAAGUGACUCUUUUGUGACUGUACUCAAUACUAUUUUGGUAUAUGGAAACCUAUUUUAUCAAUCAAGGUUUGUGGCAAAUUAAAGAUUCUUAUGUCUUUUGAUUGAAUUUCUCGUGCAAUGCUUAUUGCAUUUUCUUGAAAUUGCUCUUUGCUGCCCAUUUUCCUCACUUCUUCUCCUGAAAGCCCAGCAGUUUGGCUCUGCCAGACAUCUUCCGGUACCUCACCCAAAUGAUCAUUCAUCAUAGGCGAGCUGACCAUGUGUGGUUAGACUUCAUUACAUGGGAUGGAUAGACACAUCCUAAGUCUGCCCU